AUGGAUAAAUUUGUUAUAUUUAUCAUAUUUAUGGUUUUUAAAGUUGCUAAUUCAGCCGAUUACAAUGAAAUGUUAAAUGUAUUAAAAAUAUUUUUCGUUCGAAGACAUGUUCAAACAGUAACAGCUGCAAUUACUUGUUGGCCAUUUGACGUCAAUAAAAAGCUUUUGGACGAUCUCUCAACGGCCGACAUUUCCGUGUCUUUCAACUCACACACGCUACAAUACUACUCCACGUGGUAUAGAUGUGCCUUUAUAAUCGAUCUAUCUUGUGAAAAUUCAACAGAAAUAUUACAACAGAUUUCAAACGAUCGCCUAUUCAAUACGCAAAACGAUUGGAUACUGUUUGAUCAGAAUUCUUUCGCUAACGAAACGAACUCAGCUCAAUUUGCAUUGCGAACAUUUCAAUUAUACUUGGGCAAUGCGUACGUUCUACCGGAUGCGAGUGUAUUUUUAUUCUUAAAGACUUAUGACGGCGUUUGGGAAAUUUGGAGCGGUUUUCGGGCUAGUAAAUCAGACGCAAUAAGAGUGUUUGAAAUUGGCACGGCGUCGUUAAACCGGAUGACAAUACGCGAAAUGCAUGACGAGAAAAGAAAUUUUCGUGGUGUUACACUGAAAUCUACAUCAGUGAUAGUCGAAAAAGAUAGUUUUUUUGGAUUCGAUAAAAAAAUUAGUUCCGACUUGGAUGUAUUUGCUCAUAUGCAUUAUGAAAUGAUCGUUACACUAACUAAUCAACUUAAUUUCAAAACAGAAAUUACCAUUGUCAACGAUUACGGAUGGUAUCUGGGCAAUGGUUCGUUCGGUGGUUUAAUCGGACUUUUACAAAACGAAGCAAUUGACUUUAGUGCAACUGGUGUUCUUAUUCGGACAGAUAGAAUGUCAGUCAUUGAUUUUGCAGUUGGCAUAGUUGAAUUACGGACCGCAGCAAUGUUUAGGCAACCUUCAUUGUCUAGUGUACAUAAUAUUUUGCUAUUACCAUUCACAACUGAUGUAUGGAUAGGUGUUUGUGCAACUUUCUGUGUAUUUGUAUUCACGUUGAUGUUUUUAAUGCGAGUGAAUAAUUACUUAGGAGAAAAAAAAUACGGUUCACUAAAUGUUCCAGAAAUAGUGACCUUGGUCCACGGUGCAAUAUGUCAACAAGGGUUUAAUUCAACUUUAACCUUGAUAUCCAUACGUGUCGUCAUCGCCGUACUAUUUUUUACAUCAGUUUUCUUUUAUACGUCUUAUUCAGCAAGUAUUGCUGCACUGGUGCAAUCAAACAGUAAUUCAAUCAAAUCUAUUAAAGAUAUAGUAGAAUCGUCAAUGACAUUUAGUACUCAGAUUAGUCCAUAUGGAAAACGUUAUUUUGAAGAAACAGAGGAUUCUGAUUUAAAAAAGCUUUACAAGACAAAAAUGGUGCCUUAUGGUAAUAAAGCGUUCGUUAAAACAGCAGAAGGGAUGGAAAGAAUUCGAACAGAGUUUCACGGAUUUAUGGUAGAAAUUAUGUCGGCCUACCAAACAAUCAGUAAAGAGUGGCGUGAGGAGGAAAAAUGUGCUUUAGGUGAGAUUCAACUUUUCAAGUUACCACUUCUGUCAAUAGCUUUAGUCAAAAAAUCUGGACACAAAGACAUAUUUAAACAAAAACUAAUACAACAGAUGGAGAUCGGGUUAAGCAAACGAAUCUCUAAUCAGUGGAUACCUCCAAAGCCAUCCUGUGGAUCGUCCAGUAGAACAAAACAAUACGUUAGCGUUUCCGUUAAAGAAACAUUUCUAACACUCGCAGUAUUUGGAUUCGGUAUUUGCAUUUCUUUGGUAAUUUUUAUACUAGAAAUAUUGCAUUUCACCUGGACAAAACACAGAUCCAAAAAAAAUCGUUGAAGUAAACACUCUGAUAGUCUAAUAGUUUAAAUAUGUUAAAAAUAUCUAAUAAUAUUAUUUAUUAUUACGAUUAUUACAAUUAUAACCGAGCUUAUCAGUGAUAACUAGAAAAAAAUCAAAGUUAUUUUUAAA